AUGCCAAUCUCGACACUCUCCCCCGCUGCGUCUGAGAAUGGAGUUGACUCUUAUUCCCGGAACGAUCCUGCUGAGGUCAACACUUCGUCCAUCCCGACCCUACACUUGAGCUCAGGCAAUAACGACCGCAAUACAGCGAACAGUGGAAGUGAUUCAACUCGACGCUCGGCUCAGGCAUCCGCAUCCUCUUCAAAUGAAGACAGCACUAGCGACAACAGACCCUGGGACGACUUCUCGUCUGACGAGUUCAAUGAUGCCGACGCACCAUUCUACCAAGGAAACGGUGUUUACCAGCUUGUUGGUGGGAGCGAACACGGCAUCAAUGAGCUUCCGGCACGACCAGGAGAGGUAUAUUCACCUCCCGACCGACCCAACUCCCCCAUGGUGGCCGAGGUCAUGCCGUCCCCGGUUCCGGAGUUACUACGUCCUAGGAUCUCUCCAGAGAUUGCUGUUGCAAAUGCCACGCUGGCCAUGGCAGGUGCGUCCAGUGAAGCUCAACAAGCAAUAACUGACCUUGUUGACCAAGCCCACGUUUUCUUCCACAAUGCUGAGGUGCAUCGCCGACAUGCCAUACGCGCCGAAGAGCGAGAGGCAAUGGCAUUGACAUUGGUUGCGGAGCGAGACGCCGAGAUCCAACAGCUCCAGGAUCGCCUUCAGAAUCCUCAGGAUUGGACUCCCCCACGUCCCCAACGACGGCUGUCACUCUGA